AUGAGUCAUUCAACAAAACAGAAGGCAGAACGGGGUGAUGAACAAUAUUUUAAAGCGGUGGUAGCACGCAUAUUCAAAAACAAGGUAGCCGUUGAAGUCAAUGAGAUAGAAAGAACAAAGGAGGAUCUCAAGUUUGAAGAUAUUGCUGAACUUGUGUCUGGUACCAGAGGAAAGCAAGUGUUUGUCAAGGGAGAUCCUGAUUUGGGCAUCUGGACAGCAGGGCAAGUGCUUGGAUUGAUUGAUGACAUUCCUACUUGUCAUCAACUAGUUACUCGCAUGAUUGAUGAGGCUGAAACGAUCAUUAGUCAGAGACUAAGAAAUAUGAUAGUUUAG